AUGUGCGAGAAAGGUGAAAACGCGGAGAUGAUUAAGAUGAAAGACGAUGUUUCGGAGGAGAAAAUCCAAGUCCAAGGAGCUGAGGAAAAAGUUAAGCCGACAGAAGAUGAAAAGCCGAAUAGUCCGAUACGUAAGCGUUCCAAAUCCCCAAAGUCAUCCAGUACGGAAUCGAGCUCAAGCUCCUCGGCCAAAUCUUCGUCGGAUUCAGAUUCCGAUUCCAAUUCGGAUUCUACUCUAGAAAAGAGAAGGAAGAAUCGUUCAGUGACCAAAAGUCGCAGUUCCCAAGGGAGUUCCAAUCCUGGGACGAAUCGUUCUACUGCCAGAAGCCGUAGUCCCCAUCGUAUAUAUAAAAACUACUCGGAUUCGGAUUCUCCUCUAGAAAAGAGAGCGAAGAAUCGUUCAGUGACCAAAAGUCGCAGUUCUAAAGGGAGUUCCAUUCCUGGGAAGAAUCGUUCAGUCAACAAAAGUCGCAGUUCCCAAGGGAGUUCCAAUCCUGGAAAGAAUUCCAAGAGUUCUUCCACCAGAAGCCGUAGUUUCUAUCGUAUAGGUAAUAUCUACUCGGACUCCGAUUCGGAUUCUUCUGUAGAAAAGAGAAAGAAAUACCGUUCAGUGAUCAAAAGUCGCAUUUCCCAAGGGAGUUCCAAUCCUGGAAAGAAUUCCCAGAGUCACCAUCGUAUAGAUAAUAUCUACUCGGACUCCGAUUCGGAUUCUUCUGUAGAAAAUAGAAGGAAAUCUCGUUCAGGGAUCAAAAGUAGCAGUUUCCAACGGAAUUCUAAUCCUGGAAAGAAUUCCCAGAGUCUCCAUCGUAUAGAUAAUAUCUACUCCGACUCCGAUUCGGAUUCUUCUGUAGAAAAGAGAAGGAAAUCUCGUUUAGUGACCAGAAGUCGCAGUUUCCAACGGAGUGCCAAUCCUGGAAAGAACCGCUCCGUGACCAAAAGUCGCAGUUUCCAUCGGAGUUCCAAUCCUGGAAAGAAAUUCCAGAGUUUUUCCGAUUCGGAUUCUUCUGUAGAGAAGAGAAGGAACUAUCGUUCAGUGACCAGAAGCCGCAGUUUCCAACGGAGUUUCAAUUCUGGAAGGAACAGAAGUCGCAGUUUCCAACGGACUUCCAAUCCCUGGAAGAAGAAUCGUUCUCCCACCAGAAGCCGUAGUCCCCGUACUUCCCGUAGUCGCUUAGAUGACAAUGAUGACGACUACUAUUACGAAACGGAGUUCUACCGGCGACGUCAUCAAAUUUCCGUGGCCAGCUGUGACCACCGUUCCGCUCCCAAGCCGAUCCAAAGCUUUCGUCGCAGUGGCUUCGGCCAGAGCAUCACCCGUCGCCUGGAGCUCCGUGGCUACGCGUCGCCCACACCCAUUCAGGCCCAAUCCUGGCCCGUUGCCCUGGCUGGCACCAAUCUGAUGAUGGUUUCCGGCUCUGGGACGGGCAAAACGCUGGGCUGCCUGCUGCCGGGCAUCCGGAAGAUCCAAGCGGAGCAUCAUCAUCAUCACCAAUCCACCAGCAGUCGUCGCCGGAACGAUGGACCCAUUGUCCUGGUUCUGGUGGACUGUCGCGAGGCAGCCCUGUUGGUGCAAAAGGAGGCGGUGGCCUAUACGAAUCCCCGGGAGCUGAGGAGCCAGUGCAUCAUGGGCAGUGGCCGUCGCAGCAUUGCCAACAAUUCUUCGCCCGAUCUUCUGGUGGCCACGGCCGGUCGUUUCCUGGAACUGAUGCCUACAAUUUCGCUGGAUCGUUGCACCUACUUGGUGAUUGAUGACAUUGAUCGUUUGCUGGAUGUGGGAUUCAAGGGUCAAUUGUGUCGACUCCUCAGCCUGAUGCAUCGCCAGGCCCAGUUGGUCAUCUCGGCGACGUCGUGGACGCGUGACCUUCAGCGUUUGGCCCGCAAAUAUAUGGGUAAUUACACAUUGGUUCGUGUGGGCGGUGAGAUCGAUGCCAGCGAGGGAUUACUCAAGAUCAGGCAGCGAGUGAUGGUGACCAGUGGUCGCUCCAAGAUGGAGCAGCUAAAAAAGCAGCUGGCGGAGAUCUACGAUUCGAGCGAUAAUCCCGGCAAGGUGGUCAUCUAUUCGGAGCGCCAGCGACAAGUGGAUGAGCUGGUGGCCUUUGUGCGGCUCUAUGUUCCCUGCGCCGGCCUCCAUGGCGGACGCAGUGCCUCCGAAAGGGAUGAUAUAAUCCGUGCCUUUCGCCACGGCUCCUACAACAUCAUCGUGGCCACCGAUAUGACCCAGCGGGGAUUGGAUGUGCCCGGCAUUAGGUAUGUGAUCAACUACGAUUUUCCCUACAACAUGGAGGGCUACGUCCAACGUUUAACCCGCACUGGGAUUUGCCAGUCGGAAUCCCGCAACUGUGAGGCCAUCAGUUUCAUCACGCAGGAGAAUUUAAAGGUUUCCCGGGCUCUGGUGGAUUUCCUCGAGGAGUACAAUCAACCGGUGGAUCCGCAACUCAGACAAAUGGCCAAGAAUACCAGGGAUAGUCGCUCCCAGAGACGCAAGAAUCAUUGGGCUCGUCGCAAUCAUUUUUAA